AUGAAGUUGGCUGUUGUGCUGUUUGCCUUAGUGACCCUUUCUGAGUGCCUUCUCAAGAUUCCUCUGAUAAAGGGGAAGUCAGCCAGGCAGACUCUGGAGGAGAAGGGUCUGUAUGAAGAGUACAAGAGGAAGUAUCGCUACAACCCCAGAGCCAAGUUUAACAGCAGGGCGGGUGGUGCCAUGGUGCCCAUGAUCUACUAUCCAGAGUCGACAUACUACGGAGUCAUCGCCAUCGGUACUCCCCCUCAGUCGUUCAAGGUUCUCUUUGACACGGGCUCUGCUGACCUGUGGGUGCCCUCUGUCCAUUGCAGCCAGGCCUGCAACAACCAUGCCAGGUUCAACACUACAGCAUCCUCCACAUUCCAGCCCAGCUCAGAGACUUUCUCCAUCCAAUAUGUCACUGGUUACAUGACAGGGGAUGUGGGAUAUGACACCGUAAAAUUCGGUGACUUGUAUGUGACAAACCAGAUCUUUGGCCUGAGUCUGGUGGAGGAUGCUUUCCUGGAUAACUUACCAUGGGAUGGGAUUCUGGGCCUGGCCUUCCCCGACCAGCAGUCAAUUAACGGAGGUACUCCUGUAUUUGACAACAUUUGGAAACAAGGAAAGAUCCCUCAAGACCUGUUCUCCAUCUAUCUGACCAGCUCUGUAGAUGGCAGUAUGUUAAUCCUGGGAGGAACUGACCCCUCCUACUUCACAGGAAGCAUCCAAUGGAUUCCCAUCUCUCAACCUACUGGCUACUGGCAGAUCACUGUAGACAGUAUUACUAUCAAUGGGAAUACUGUGGCGUGUGCAGCAGGCUGCCAAGCUGUAGUAGACUCUGGCACCACUGAGAUCCUAGGGCCUACCAGGGACGUCAAUAACAUCAAUGGCUGGGUGGGAGCCUUCAGCGAACAGGGUAUCGUGAGUUGCAGUAACAUAAAGCGCAUGCCUGAGAUUACCUUCAACAUCAAUGGAUUCGGCUUCAUUCUCCCAGCAUCAACCUAUGUUUUCCCAUAUGGCUCCAGCUGUACUACUGGUUUUGGCACCUGGGACAAUGAUCAGUGGAUUCUGGGUGAGGUCUUCAUGAGGCAGUUCUACACUGUCUUCAACAGAGACCAGAACUGGGUGGGCUUGGCCCAGGCUAAAAAGAGUCCAGAGUCAGACUGA